AUGUGCGGACCGAGUAGAAACAAGAAUCACCCAACUCAAGAUGGCGUCGUCCAUGGGCGGAAUGUUUCCCGGACAGCAGCCGCCUGGUGCGCAUCCCGUCGGGGGUCCUGGUGGACCGGGCCAACCGGGCUUACCCGGUACCUCUACUAGGGCUCAGGGUAACAACACGCUGGUGGAUGAACUGGAGGCUUCCUUCGAGGCAUGUUUUGCAUCCCUUGUAAGCCAAGACUACGUUAAUGGAACGGACCAGGAGGAGAUUCGAACUGGUGUUGACCAAUGCAUACAAAAGUUUCUGGACGUGGCUCGACAGACAGAGUGCUUCUUCCUACAGAAAAGGCUCCAGUUAUCUGUGCAGAAACCAGAGCAGGUGGUGAAAGAGGAUGUGUCAGAGUUACGUAAUGAGCUACAGAGGAAAGAACUGCUGGUUCAGAAGCACUUGUCCAAAUUGCACCACUGGCAACAAGUGCUUGAGGACGUGAGUGUACAACAUCGCAAACCGACAGACCUUCCUCCUCCUGGACCACUGGCCUUCCUGGAGCAGGCCUCUGCUAGUCUGCCCCCUGCCCCUUUAAAACCAAACUAACACACGAACACUCAAGGAAAGUACACAACACGUAUGUCAUGUGACGCCCACUGUCAACCUGUGAGGACACUGGGGAACAGUUUGCUGUCUAGGGAAAUCAUUCGCACAGAUUGUUUUAUUUCAACUUUUUUCAGUAUUUUGAUUAAUGUACAGUAUUUCUGCUGCUGAAUUUUUUUUACCGUAAAAAUAAAAUAAAAUUUGUGAG